AUUCCUGGGGUUAGAGAGGAGCCAGAUCAGACAAGAUCUUGCCACAUUAGCAGCUGUAACCUGCAGGCUUCCGGCAGUUUCCAGCCGACACCUCCCACUGUGUGCAGACUCAACACCGGCGAGGCAGGGCAAAGCGUGUCCUUGCGAUCUGGUAUAAAACCUCUCCCAAGAGCCGGGCUCCUGGUUUUCUCCUUCGUCCUCAGGCCCUUGAAAGGACAUGGCUACCAUGGUGGAGCUGAGGGGCGGAGGGCUCCCUGGGACUCUCGCAGGGACACGCGAGCACAUGCAAGCCGUGACUAGGAAUUAUCUCACCCACCCAAGGCUGACCUACAAGACCGUGUGUGGUGUGAACGGGCCGCUGGUGGUACUGGACAAUGUGAAGUUUGCCCAGUUUGCCGAGAUCGUCAACUUCACCCUCCCCAAUGGAACACACAGGAGCGGGCAGGUCUUGGAAGUCGUGGGCUCCAAAGCCAUCGUCCAGGUGUUUGAAGGCACAUCUGGGAUCGAUGCGAAGAAGACCUCGUGCGAGUUCACCGGGGACAUUCUGCGCACACCUGUUUCGGAGGAUAUGCUCGGGCGGGUUUUCAACGGUUCUGCUAAACCCAUUGACAAAGGGCCAACUGUUAUGGCAGAAGACUUCUUGGACAUCAAUGGCCAGCCCAUCAACCCCCACGGGCGCAUUUAUCCUGAGGAGAUGAUCCAGACAGGGAUUUCACCCAUCGAUGUUAUGAACAGCAUCGCCAGGGGACAGAAGAUCCCCAUCUUCUCAGCUGCCGGCCUCCCUCACAAUGAGAUUGCUGCUCAGAUCUGCAGGCAAGCCGGGCUGGUGAAGAAGUCCAAAGGCGUCAUGGACUAUCACGAGGACAACUUUGCCAUCGUCUUUGCUGCUAUGGGGGUGAACAUGGAGACAGCCCGUUUCUUCAAAUCCGACUUCGAGGAGAAUGGCUCCAUGGAGAACGUGUGUCUCUUCCUCAACCUCGCCAAUGACCCCACAAUCGAACGCAUCAUCACGCCCCGCUUGGCCUUGACUACGGCAGAGUUCCUGGCCUAUCAAUGUGAGAAACACGUCCUCGUGAUCUUGACGGACAUGAGCUCAUACGCAGAGGCCCUGCGCGAGGUCUCAGCUGCCAGAGAGGAGGUCCCCGGCCGGAGGGGAUUCCCGGGCUACAUGUACACCGACCUGGCCACCAUCUACGAGCGCGCCGGACGUGUGGAAGGCAGAAAUGGCUCCAUCACGCAGAUCCCCAUUCUGACCAUGCCCAAUGAUGACAUCACUCACCCGAUUCCUGACUUGACCGGCUUCAUCACAGAGGGGCAAAUUUAUGUGGACCGUCAGCUCCACAACAGACAGAUCUAUCCACCCAUAAAUGUCCUGCCUUCACUUUCCCGGCUGAUGAAGUCAGCUAUUGGAGAAGGAAUGACCCGGAAGGACCACGGAGAUGUCUCCAACCAACUGUAUGCCUGCUACGCCAUCGGCAAGGACGUCCAGGCCAUGAAGGCUGUGGUGGGGGAGGAGGCUCUGUCGGCGGAUGAUCUCUUGUACUUGGAGUUCCUGCAGAAGUUUGAGAAGCAGUUCAUUGCGCAAGGGGCUUACGAGAACAGGACGAUCUUUGAGUCGCUGGACAUCGGCUGGCAGCUGCUCCGCAUCUUCCCCAAAGAGCUCUUGAAGCGGAUCCCGGAGAGCAUCUUGUCUGAAUACUACCCCCGGGAGGCCAAAGGGAUGGGGCAGGAGCGCUCAAACACUGCCCUGUGAAAGCCCCGCGGCUGUCCUGCAGGCCGUGAGCAGAAGACGGGAGACACGGCCUCCAAGGACGAUCGCAUCUGUGCCAGCAGAGAGUAGCUGCAGCCUUCGCCCCCCCACUCGCCUUGCUGCACAGCUCUCUCCAGAACCGCCUGGCCUCUGUCACAUUGCAAUUAAAGAGUCUCUGGUGCAUUAUAAUCCAAUAAAACUGACAUUGCUACCACGGGGAGCUUCUCCCAGAA